ACGACGAGCUAGCGGAGGUGUUAUACUUCAACGAGUUCCAAUUCCUGUUGUUGAAGACGUUCUUCUUGAUUCUUUUGUUUACAUUGUUAUUGAUUUUUAUUUCGUGGCGAGUGUACGGUAAACGUAUAUCUGAGCGGUUUAUGAAACCGGCCACAUCGGCAACAAUAGAACAGCUAAAAGAAAGUGUAUCAAAACUAAAGCUACCCAAGGAACACACACCGAGAAUCUAAUUUAAUCUAAGCAACAUGGCGGAAAGAAUAAAAAAGUUCUUUCAAAAAAAGAAGACAGAUGCCAAAUUCAAAAUGGCAGGGCCUGGCCAUAAAUUAAGUGAGUCAACUAUAAGUAGCCAGAGUUCCAAUGUCCAAUGUUCCAAAAAGGAGGUCCGAAUGAUAAGGUCUGGUUUGUCGGAGGAGAGCAAGGUUGCUGCUGAAGCUGCCUUGUCUAGGCUUCAGCAGAAAAGGGAGAAUCCAUCGUUUAAUACUUCAUUGGCUGCUAUACAGGCACAAGUAAAAAGAGAACUAGAGAAUGAGCAAGCCAAUCAGAUGGCAGCAGCAUCUGCCUCUAAGUCAACGUCCGCACCAUCUGAACAUCAGAAGAGAGAGAUAGAAGAUCUGCCCAGAAACUAUGCGGCCAGUGGCGUUUAUUUCAAAUGUCCAUUGAUAAGCAACGACAUACUUCCCCGAGACGAAUGGAAGAAGAACAUCAAAACGUUCCUGUACGAACAGCUGGAGGAGGAGAGGGGGCUCACCGCCUGUCUCAUCAUACAGUCCUGUAAUAAUAAUAGGGAGAAGGUUGAGACAUGCGUGGAGACGUUAUGCAAGUACUUAGAGAACAUAGUAACGCAGCCUGAAGAGGAGAAGUUCCAGAAAAUUAGGAUGAGCAACAGAGUGUUCACGGAGCGAGUGCAGCCUAUAGAGGGUUCGAUGGAGCUGCUACUGGCGGCCGGCUUCGAGCAGAAGAAGGUCCGGAACGCGGACGGAGUGGAGGAGGACUUCCUCGUCUUCCAGAAGGACAAUGUGCCCUCUGUUGAGAGUUUAGUGACACUAAUAGACGCUCUAAGAACAGCAGAGCCGAUACAGCUGGAACUAGACAGGAACCUGCAAGUGUUGCUGCCAUCACAGGCGGCUAACAAGGUGCAGCUACCGCCCUCAUUCUACGCACUGUCCCCAGAGGAAAUUAAGAGGGAACAGCAGUUGAGACAAGAAGCUAUCGAAAAGAGUCAGAUGCUGAGAACUAAAGCUAUGCGGGAGAAGGAUGAAAUUAGGGAAAUGCGUAAAUACAAGUUCGCGAUCAUAAGGGUACGCUUCCCAGAUGGAAUACUGCUACAGGGAACAUUUUCAGUUUACGAACGCUACAAUGACAUUCACGAAUUCGUGCAAGAAAACCUCGAACAUGACCUACCUUUCGUGCUAAGCAUGCCAACAGGUCAUAAGGUCACGCUAGAAGAAGAUGCAAAUAAGACCCUUAUUGACCUACGAUUAGUACCGGCGACAAUACUCACAUUCGCUUGGCACUCAUCUGUCGCUGAACAAAUUCACAAUAGCCCGAAUAAAGACGUGUUUUUGAAGCCCGAAGUCAUGGUUUUGGUGCAAGAAGUGUAAGGUAGGGGGAGUUUUGAGUUAAUCCAUACUCUAUACUGCGACAGGGCGUCGGCGGUGAAUAAGGUACUCCGUUGUCUAACCAUUCGCACCGUCAUUUUACGAAGUUGUACGCUACGACAAGUCAAGCUCCUAGCACUACAAGCACUCCUCGUAUGCUUAAGGGAAGUGUACUAUUUAUUAUUUUAAUGUAAUUAAACAUCUAUGUGUAUAUUGAGGAUUCUAUAACGAAAUAAAAAACUGAAAUUGUA